AUGCCUCGCCCACCUAUCUCCUUUGGUCGCAUCUGCUUAACCGUCUCCGCCGUCGUCACAUCCAUCGGUACCUACGCUGCAGAUUGGAGCGAAUCUCACCUCCUGAACCCACGCUGGCCUCCUCAUGCCAAAUUUCACAAUGGCCAGACCAUGUCGUUCGGUCUUGCUUUAGGCAUCUUGACCCUAUAUUAUACCUGGCGCCCUACAGCUCAGCCCAAGGACUCGUUGAGAACCGCGGCUAUCUUGGCUAGUCUGUACUAUGUUACUGGGCUCAGUGGGAUUCUCUAUCCUGGGGCUCUCGGGGUUGAUCCGGAGUUUGGCGAAGGCUUUCCUCAAUUCUGGUUGUUCACGGCGUUCACUGGGCUGCCGUGGUUGGGGUAUCUGCUUGAGUCGAGGAGGUUGAGGAGAUAG